UUGACUGCCAUGACAAAUCGGCUAUACGAUACACUUUGGCAUCAGCAAGGAAUCUCGGGGAUUCCUAGAGCCCACGCCAUAGCCCAAAAUCUGGCUCGCCCCUCACUCAUGCUGGUACGGAGUGCCUCGUCGACUGACCUCCUCCGCAAUAUGGUUCGUGGCGAGGAAAAAGGGGCAUAUUCAAACAAAACUUGCAAAAACGACGCCCCACUGAAACUUCCCUUGCUGACCGCUGAUUUUAUUUGCCCUGGGGCUUCCGAGAACGACAACAGGCGGACCUGUCGCGCGCUCAUGGUACGAGAUUUAGCCAGAACAUGCCAAAAGAGUUUACUGAGUGUUUCCUUGCGCGCAAGGAAGGCAUCGUCAAAUUGAUUGGGGUCACUCGAUGCAGAGCGAAGGAAGUAAAGAUAGGUCUUGAGCAGCCUCACUGCAUCGUUGGCGCGGCAGUCCGUCAACUGCCUGUUUUCUGUCCAAAUGCGCGUUGUAUGGUACGGGUGAGCGACAUGGCGCACAUUCCCUAGAUCCCCCAGUGCCCAGCGAUGUUCCUUCUCGAUGAAUAUGUUACCUGGCUUAACAUCGUCGUGACAGUAACCGUCGCGGUGCAUGGUGUCGAGCGUCUCGAGCAGGUGGUGGAAUGUAGAGCGGUACUGGGUAUCUAGUUCUUGGAAGGUCUGUGGAGAGUCGCUCUCGCGUAUUCGUCUAGCAAGAGCUUUUAGAUUGCCUCCUGGGAUCAGGGGAGUUACGAGAUGCCAUUCAGUGGGAGUGGUGAGAGAUGUCGCAGCUUUGAAGUAGGCGUGGACGGGCAGAAAUCCUCCCUUUGCGAUCAUGUCCCCGCCUAGAGAUGCGUUGGACGGUUUGAAGUGUGCUUGGGAUGCAAAGUGGGCGGUAGCAGGUAUUUCGGUAGGCCAUUUCGAUUCUCCCACACAGUUGCGGAGCGGGCUUUGUCCGAUCUUGAACGUCUUGAUAACCUUGUCAUGAAGCUCGUCUUGCAAUGAUGCCAUGUGCUCCUCAGAGGAUUUGCCGGGCUGCGACGAUAGCUGGGUAGCAUGGGAGCUAAAAUACGUCGAGGAAUAUUUUGCCGUAAGAGCGGCCUGGUAGCUGUAGAAGAGGCGCUGUUGCUGCAGAAAACACAGUAUUAUAAUGGCAAGGAGUAUCCUGUAGCGCAAAGAAUGUAACGGACGAGUGGCUCGGCGGACUGGUCCACGAAAAGAUCCCAUCUUGACUCUGGUGAUGAAGAAGUCGUAGUCCUUGGAAGGGAGGUGUGCAAGAAACUUAUUAUCCAUGUUGCUGGUAUUCUGAACCCGCAUACGAACUCACAAGGGUGAGUGAGGCUGUGAAAAGACGAGGGCGCCUUGUCCAGUGUCGAUGAAUAUAUCUCGUAUCCUGGUGGGCGAUGCAGACGUUCAAUGUUGAUGUUUGACACGCGAGCUACGCCAUAGGGGCACGCGAACGUCUGGAAGGAAUCCAUAGCCACGGCUUGCGGCACGAAUGAUAUCAAAUGUGAAAUGGUUCUCAUGUUUUGAAUUUACUUGCCAACAGCAGUGUCGCGUGCAAAUCAAGGCACAGUGGCUUGGGGGGUUGACGUGAUUGGCUCGUGUAGAUUGCACCGCCCGCUAACGGCUAACGGCACUCCGGUUGAUAUUGGACUAUUGAUAUGUACCUAAGUAGUCAGUCAGUAGAGUGCUCGUCAUUUCAAGCUAGAGCACUCGUUGCGAACUGCUCAAGUACUCUACCGAGUAGUGCUUUGCUUGGAUACAUACUCGAGUAACGCUACCAAUCCAACCCCCAGCCCCAACUUCUUCUUCCAUGCCUUCUCCUCUUCCCCCCUCGCAUACCCAACUGCCUCGGCAAGCUGUGGCUCCGAAACAUAAAAGGGCUGUGUCUCAUCUGAAAGCGUAUCCUGACCACCGCGUUCGCGUGCGAACUGCGUUUCGUCGUCAGCCACCCUACC